GUUCGACCACACAGACACGCCACUUCCGCCACAGUGUCAAGCGCUCUCUGACGCAUUCGUUUGGAGAUAAACUUCGAGGGAUUGGAAAGUCUGGACGGAAAUCUUACCAAGUGCAACAAUGGACGCGCAGCUCCCACCUCACGCGGGAGCCAAGAUCUCCGUGGUGGACAUGCACACGGGCGGGGAACCGUUACGUAUCAUCGUCGGCGGGUUCCCAGAGGUCAGAGGUGACAGUGUUCUGUCGAAGCGGCGCUACGUGCGUGAACAUUUGGACCACCUGAGGAGGCUGCUCAUGCUGGAGCCGCGAGGUCACUACGACAUGUAUGGAGCUCUGGUGGUGAAGAGCGAGCUGGACCAGGCGGAUCUGGGGGUCCUGUUCAUGCACAACGAGGGCUACAGCACCAUGUGCGGCCACGCCGUCAUCGCGCUCGGACGCUUCGCGGUGGACUACAAACUGGUGAAGGAGCCGCGGUCUCCUGAAACUCUGGUCAACAUCGACUGUCCGUGCGGACUGGUGAAGGCCUUUGUGCAGUACUCGGAGGGGAAGACUGGCGCCGUGAGGUUCCACAGUGUCCCAGCCUUUGUCUUCGCGACAGAUGUGGUGGUCUCUGUGGAAGGAUUUGGGGAGGUGACAGUGGACAUCAGCUACGGCGGCGCUUACUACGCUUUUGUCGCUGCUGAGAGGUUUGGACUUGACGUGUCCAAGUCCAGAACCAGAGAUUUGGUUGAUGCUGCAACCGCUGUCACCAACGCAGUCAAGUCUCAAGUUAAGUUGGAGCAUCCGGUCAGCCAGGACUUGGCGUUCCUGUACGGCACCAUCCUAACCGACGGCAAGGACCAGUACUCGGACGAGGCUACCGGAAACAUCUGUGUGUUCGCAGCUGCUCAGGUGGAUCGCAGUCCGACCGGAUCUGGAGUCACAGCUCGAGUGGCUCUCCAGUACCACAAAGGUCUGAUCCAGUUGAACCAGACCCGGGUGUUUGAGAGUGGAGCCACUGGGUCUCAGUUCACUGGAAAAGCUGUGCAGGUGACGAAGUGUGGAGACUUCCCAGCUGUUGUGGUGGAAGUGGCUGGACGAGCUUUCUACACCGGGGUUUCCAGCUUCGUUCAGGAGCCGGAAGACGAGCUGGCGCAUGGAUUUCUGCUCAAGUGACCACCGGGUCCAUUUGAGGUCAAACACCCUCCGUCAUCAGGGAAGGAUCAAUGCUUGAUGUUAGCAAAUAUAUAAAAGAACAU